UUUCAUGACUUUGAGCCUAUUUAAUCAGAGAUGGAGCAGAUGGACUGCAAACCCUACCAGCCACUGUCAAAAGUUAAACAUGAAGUGGAUCUAACUUACACAAGUUCUUCAGAUGAAAGUGAAGAUGGGGGAAAGCAAAGGCAAUCUUAUGACUCAAGAGAAACUCUGAAUGAAUAUAGCCAAGAGCUAAGACUUAACUAUAACAGUCAUAGCAGAAAAAGAAAAGCCAUUGACCAGUCCACACAAGACAUGGAAUUCUGUGAGACUCCCCAUAUUCUCUGCUCUGGCUAUCAGACUGACUUACACGGUGUAGCUGAGCACAGUUACCCGCUAGAGGUGGGCUCGGAUGUGGAGACCGAAACAGAAGGUGGUGCCUCCCCGGAUCAUGCCCUGAGGAUGUGGAUGAGGGGGAUCAAGUCGGAACACAGCUCCUGCUUGUCAAGCCGGGCAAACUCAGCGCUGUCCCUCACUGACACUGACCAUGAAAGGAAGUCUGAUGGGGAGAAUGAUAUGCCAGGUAGCCCACAUAACCAGUUUACCUUCAGACCCCUCCCACCACCGCCUCCACCACCUCACGCCUGCACCUGCGCCAGGAAACCGCCUCCCACGGCCGACUCUCUCCAGAGAAGAUCUAUGACCACCCGCAGCCAGCCCAGUCCUGCUGCCCCAACUCCCCCCACCAGUACCCAGGACUCAGUGCAUCUCCAUAACAGCUGGGUCCUGAACAGCAACAUCCCGCUGGAAACCAGGCAUUUCCUGUUUAAACAUGGAUCUGGGUCUUCAGCCAUCUUCAGCGCAGCCAGUCAGAACUAUCCCUUAACAUCCAAUACUGUUUACUCUCCACCUCCUAGGCCUCUUCCUAGAAGCACCUUUUCCAGGCCUGCCUUCACUUUUAACAAACCUUACAGGUGUUGCAACUGGAAGUGCACAGCUCUGAGUGCCACUGCCAUCACGGUGACCCUGGCGCUGUUGCUCGCCUACGUUAUUGCAGUACACUUGUUUGGUUUAACCUGGCAACUACAACCUGUGGAAGGGCAACUCUAUGAAAAUGGAGUUAGCAAAGGAAAUAAAGGAACAGAAUCCAUGGAUACUACUUACUCACCAAUUGGAGGAAAAGUUUCUGAUAAAACAGAAAAAAAAGUGUUUCAGAAGGGCCGGGCCAUAGACACAGGAGAAGUAGAGAUUGGAGCACAAGUUAUGCAGACCAUCCCCCCUGGUUUAUUCUGGCGCUUCCAAAUUACUAUACAUCACCCAGUGUACCUGAAAUUUAACAUCUCACUGGCGAAGGAUUCUCUGCUGGGAAUUUAUGGCAGAAGAAACAUCCCACCUACUCAUACGCAGUUUGAUUUUGUAAAACUGAUGGAUGGAAAACAGUUAAUUAAACAGGAUCCAAAAAACUCAGAGGAGCCUCAGCAAGCUCCCAGGAACCUGAUCUUAACUUCACUGCAAGAGACAGGUUUCAUCGAGUACAUGGAUCAAGGAGCUUGGCACAUGGCUUUCUACAAUGAUGGAAAGAAAGUGGAGCAAGUGUUUGUACUAACUACAGCAAUUGAAAUCCUGGAUGACUGCUCUACUAAUUGUAAUGGGAACGGAGAAUGUAUCUCAGGGCACUGCCACUGUUUCCCGGGAUUCCUUGGUCCUGAUUGUGCAAAAGAUUCCUGUCCAGUGCUGUGCAGUGGAAAUGGAGAAUAUGAGAAAGGUCACUGUGUGUGUCGAAAUGGGUGGAAAGGACCAGAGUGUGAUGUUCCAGAAGAGCAGUGUAUUGAUCCAACCUGCUUUGGCCAUGGUACUUGUAUCAUGGGCGUCUGCAUCUGUGUCCCUGGAUACAAAGGAGAGAUUUGUGAGCAAGAGGACUGCUUGGAUCCAAUGUGCUCUGGCCAUGGUGUGUGUGUCCAAGGGGAAUGUCACUGCUCCACAGGCUGGGGCGGUGUGAACUGUGAGACUUCGCUUCCCGUGUGCCAGGAGCAGUGCUCGGGGCACGGGACUUUCCUCCUGGAUGCAGGAAUCUGCAGCUGUGAGCCACAGUGGACAGGGUCAGACUGCUCUACAGAGCUGUGUACCCUGGACUGUGGCAGCCACGGUGUCUGUUCCAGGGGGAUAUGCCAGUGUGAAGAGGGCUGGGUAGGACCAACCUGUGAAGAAAGGACCUGCCACUCUCACUGUGCCGAGCACGGGCAGUGCAAGGACGGGAAGUGCGAGUGCAGCCCUGGAUGGGAAGGGGACCACUGCACCAUUGAUGGUUGCCCAGGUCUCUGUUAUGGAAAUGGGAGAUGCACUCUUGAUCAGAAUGGAUGGCACUGUGUUUGUCAAGUGGGCUGGAGUGGCUCAGGAUGUAACAUUGUCAUGGAAAUGGUGUGUGGAGAUAACCUGGACAAUGAUGGAGAUGGCUUGACAGACUGUGUAGACCCUGAUUGUUGUCAGCAAAGUAAUUGUUACGCAACUCCACUCUGCCAGGGUUCGCCUGAUCCCCUUGACCUUAUUCAGCACAGCCAACCGCCUUUCUCUCAGCAUCCUCCAAGGCUCUUUUAUGAUCGGAUCAGAUUCCUUAUUGGAAAGGAAAGCACUCAUGUCAUCCCGGGAGAUGUCUCAUUUGAGAGCAGACGGGCGUGUGUCAUCCGAGGCCAGGUUGUAGCAAUAGAUGGAACACCUUUGGUUGGAGUGAACGUCAGUUUUCUGCACCACAAUGAGUAUGGAUACACCAUCAGUCGACAAGAUGGAAGUUUUGACCUUGUGGCUGUUGGAGGAAUCUCUGUCACUCUAGUUUUUGACAGAUCUCCUUUUAUAUCUGAAAAAAGAACACUUUGGUUGCCUUGGAAUAGAUUUAUCAUUGUUGACAAAGUUGUAAUGCAAAGAACAGAGUCGGACACACCAUCUUGUGACAUCAGUAGUUUUAUCAGCCCGAAUCCGAUUGUACUCCCUUCCCCCUUGACAGCAUUUGGAGGGUCCUGUCCUGAAAGAGGAACUGUUAUUCCAGAACUUCAGGUGGUCCAAGAGGAAAUCGCAAUUCCUUCAAGUUUUGUAAAGCUGAGUUACCUCAGCAGUCGGACACCGGGGUAUAAAACUUUGCUGCGCAUUAUUUUGACGCACACAACCAUCCCUUCUGGAAUGACAAAAGUCCAUCUGAUAGUUGCUGUUGAAGGACGUCUGCUUCAGAAAUGGUUUCCUGCUGCAGCCAAUUUGGUAUACACAUUUGCCUGGAAUAAGACAGAUAUAUAUGGACAGAAGGUUUCUGGUCUGGCCGAGGCAAUGGUGUCGGUGGGAUAUGAAUAUGAAACAUGUCCUGAUUUUAUUCUGUGGGAGAAGAGAACAGUAAUCCUUCAAGGCUUUGAAAUGGAUGCUUCAAAUCUGGGCGGCUGGUCUAUAAACAAACACCAUGUAUUAAAUCCACAAAGUGGAAUUGUACAUAAAGGGAAUGGGGAAAACAUGUUCAUUUCCCAGCAGCCUCCAGUCAUCUCCACUGUGAUGGGCAAUGGACACCAGAGAAGUGUCUCUUGCUCCAACUGCAAUGGGCUCGCCCUCAACAGCAAACUCUUUGCCCCUGUUGCCCUUGCUUCUGGCCCUGAUGGGAGUGUCUAUAUUGGGGACUUCAACUAUGUCAGACGGAUCUUUCCCUCUGGAAACUCAAUUGGCAUAUUAGAAUUGAGGAAUAGAGACACAAGACACAGUACAAGCCCUGCACAUAAAUAUUACUUGGCCGUUGAUCCAGUGUCAGAAUCCCUUUACUUGUCAGAUACCAACACCAGGAAGGUCUAUAAAGCAAAAUCUCUCACUGAAACGAAGGAUCUGGCCAAAAAUGCAGACGUGGUGGCAGGAACAGGUGAUCAGUGCCUUCCAUUUGACCAGAGUCACUGUGGGGAUGGUGGAAAGGCGUCCGAGGCCUCUCUCAACAGCCCAAGAGGUAUCACUGUAGAUAAGCACGGAUUUAUUUACUUUGUUGAUGGUACUAUGAUUCGGAAAAUUGAUGAGAAUGGUGUGAUCACAACAAUAAUAGGUUCAAAUGGCCUCACAUCAACCCAACCAUUGAGCUGUGACUCUGGAAUGGACAUCACUCAGGUGCGUUUAGAGUGGCCAACAGACCUCACAGUGAACCCUCUGGACAAUUCACUGUAUGUCCUGGACAACAACAUUGUCCUGCAGAUCUCCGAGAACAGGCGUGUGCGGAUUAUUGCUGGGCGCCCCAUCCACUGCCAGGUGCCAGGCAUUGACCACUUCAUUGUCAGCAAGGUGGCCAUCCAUUCCACCCUGGAGUCAGCCAGGGCCAUCGCCGUGUCCCACAGCGGCAUCCUCUACAUCGCAGAGACGGAUGAAAGGAAGAUCAACCGUAUCCAACAGGUCACAACCAAUGGCGAAAUCUCUGUAAUUGCUGGAGCCCCGUCAGAUUGUGACUGCAAGAUUGAUCCUAAUUGUGAUUGUUUUUCAGGUGAUGGUGGAUAUGCCAAAGAUGCAAAGCUGAAAGCCCCUUCCUCCCUAGCAGUCUCUCCUGACGACACGCUGUACGUAGCAGACCUCGGCAACGUUCGCAUCCGCGCCGUGAGCCGGAACAAGGCUCACCUCAGCGACACCAACCUGUACGAGAUCGCAUCGCCCGCAGACCAGGAGCUGUAUCAGUUCACCAUCAACGGCACCCACCUGCACACGCUGAACCUCAUCACCAGGGACUACAUCUACAACUUCACCUACAGCGGGGAGGGGGAUGUUGGCACCAUCACCAGCAGCAACGGGAACUCGGUUCACAUCCGCAGGGACACGAGUGGGCUGCCCCUGUGGGUCGUCGUGCCGGGGGGCCAAGUGUACUGGCUGACAAUCAGCAGCAAUGGGGUUCUGAAAAGAGUUUAUGCCCAAGGCUACAACCUGGCUCUGAUGACAUAUCCUGGAAACACGGGGCUUUUAGCAACCAAAAGUGAUGAAAACGGGUGGACAACUGUGUAUGAGUAUGACUCUGAUGGCCAUCUGACCAAUGCAACCUUCCCAACUGGGGAAGUCAGCAGUUUCCACAGCGAUGUUGAAAAACUGACACGAGUGGAACUUGAUACUUCAAACAGAGAGAAUGUGAUCACAGCCACAAACUUCUCAGCUACCUCUACAAUAUAUACUUUAAAACAAGAUAACACACAGAACAUCUACCGGGUCAGCCCAGAUGGGUCUCUGAGAGUCACCUUUGCCAGUGGAAUGGAAAUCACACUGAACACGGAACCUCACAUUCUAGCAGGGGUUGUCAGCCCCACGCUAGGGAAGUGCAAUAUUUCCCUUCCUGGAGAGCAUAACUCAAACCUCAUUGAAUGGAGGCAAAGGAGGGAGCAGACCAAAGGCAAUAUCUCCACUUUUGAGAGAAGGCUAAGGACCCACAACAGAAACCUGCUCUCCAUCGAUUUCGAUCACGUUACCAGAACAGGGAAGAUUUAUGAUGAUCAUCGCAAAUUCACCCUGCGAAUUAUGUAUGACCAGACAGGACGCCCCAUCUUAUGGUCACCCAUCAGCAAGUACAAUGAGGUCAAUAUCACAUAUUCACAUUCUGGAUUAGUCACCUAUAUCCAGAGAGGAACCUGGACUGAGAAAAUGGAGUAUGAUCCAAGUGGGAACAUCAUUUCCAGAACAUGGGCAGAUGGUAAAAUAUGGAGUUACACAUAUCUAGAAAAGUCCGUGAUGCUCCUGUUGCACAGCCAGCGUCGCUACAUCUUCGAGUACGACCAGUCGGAUUACCUGCUGUCGGUCACCAUGCCCAGCAUGGUGCGCCACGCCCUGCAGACCAUGCUCUCCGUCGGCUACUACCGCAACAUCUACACCCCUCCCGACAGCGGCGCCGCCUUCGUACAGGACCUCACCAGGGACGGGCGGCUGCUCCAGACCCUGUACCCCGGGACAGGCCGCAGAGUCCUCUACAAGUACACCAAGCAGUCCCGACUCUCUGAGAUUCUUUAUGAUACUACUCAAGUCACGUUCACCUACGAGGAAUCUUCUGGGGUUAUUAAAACAAUACAUUUAAUGCAUGAUGGGUUCAUCUGCACCAUCAGAUACAGGCAAACAGGUCCGCUUAUUAGUCGCCAAAUCUUCAGGUUUAGUGAAGAAGGGCUUGUUAAUGCCAGAUUUGACUACAGCUAUAACAACUUCCGUGUCACGAGCAUGCAGGCCAUGAUCAACGAGACGCCUCUUCCCAUUGACCUGUACCGUUACGUCGAUGUUUCUGGCAGGACUGAACAAUUUGGAAAAUUCAGUGUAAUUAAUUAUGAUUUAAACCAAGUUAUCACCACCACUGUGAUGAAGCAUACCAAAAUCUUCAGUGCCAAUGGUCAGGUGAUUGAAGUGCAAUAUGAAAUUCUCAAGUCCAUCGCUUACUGGAUGACCAUCCAGUAUGACAAUAUGGGGCGCAUGGUGAUCUGUGAUAUACGUGUCGGUGUAGAUGCCAAUAUAACAAGAUAUUUUUAUGAAUACGAUGCUGAUGGUCAACUCCAGACCGUGUCUGUGAAUGACAAAACCCAGUGGCGCUACAGCUAUGACCUUAAUGGCAACAUCAACUUGCUGAGCCAUGGAAACAGCGCCCGCCUCACUCCUCUGAGAUACGAUCUGAGAGAUCGCAUUACCAGACUUGGAGAAAUUCAAUACAAAAUGGAUGAAGAUGGCUUUCUCAGGCAAAGAGGCAAUGAGAUCUUUGAGUACAACUCUAAUGGUUUGCUGAACAAAGCGUACAACAAAGUGUCUGGCUGGACUGUGCAAUACUGUUAUGAUGGUCUUGGAAGACGAGUUGCAAGCAAAUCAAGCCUAGGACAACACUUACAGUUCUUUUAUGCUGAUCUCUCCAACCCAAUAAGAGUUACUCACUUGUACAAUCAUUCUAGCUCAGAAAUAACAUCCCUCUAUUAUGAUCUUCAAGGUCAUCUCAUUGCAAUGGAAUUAAGCAGUGGAGAAGAAUAUUAUGUUGCUUGUGAUAACACUGGAACACCUCUAGCUGUGUUUAGCAGUCGAGGCCAAGUCAUAAAAGAAAUUUUGUACACCCCAUAUGGAGAGAUCUACCAAGACACUAAUCCAGAUUUCGAGGUUAUCAUUGGUUUUCAUGGAGGACUUUAUGAUUCUCUUACUAAAUUAGUUCAUCUCGGUCAGCGGGACUAUGAUGUCAUUGCUGGUCGGUGGACGACACCAAAUCAUCAUAUAUGGAAGCGGCUGAAUGCUGUCCCACAACCAUUUAAUCUCUAUUCAUUUGAAAAUAAUUAUCCAGUUGGCAGAAUCCAAGAUGUUGCUAAGUAUACAACAGACAUUGGAAGUUGGCUAGAGCUGUUUGGUUUCCAGUUGCACAACGUGCUGCCUGGAUUCCCAAAACCAGAGAUAGAAGCUUUGGAGACAACAUACGAACUUCUACAGCUUCAGACAAAAACCCAAGAGUGGGAUCCUGGAAAGACUAUCCUUGGCAUUCAGUGUGAGCUACAAAAGCAACUCCGAAACUUUAUAUCCUUGGACCAACUUCCUAUGACACCCAGGUAUAGUGAUGGCAAGUGUUCUGAGGGAGUGAAGCAACUGAGAUUUGCAGCUGUUCCUUCAGUAUUCGGGAAAGGCAUCAAAUUUGCGAUAAAGGACGGGAUAGUGACAGCUGACAUUAUCGGUGUGGCUAACGAGGACAGCCGGCGCAUUGCUGCCAUCCUCAACAACGCUCAUUAUCUGGAGAACCUGCAUUUCACCAUUGAGGGCCGAGACACCCAUUACUUCAUCAAGCUGGGCUCUUUGGAAGAAGAUUUGGCCCUCAUCGGCAGCACCGGAGGGCGCCGCAUCUUGGAGAAUGGCGUCAACGUGACGGUGUCGCAGAUGACUUCUGUGAUCAACGGCAGGACUAGACGCUUUGCUGACAUCCAGCUCCAGCACGGCGCACUCUGCUUUAACGUGCGGUAUGGAACAACAGUGGAAGAGGAAAAAAACCACGUCCUGGAGAUAGCCAGGCAGCGAGCCGUGGCUCAGGCCUGGACUAAGGAGCAGAGGCGGCUACAGGAGGGGGAAGAAGGAAUUCGAGCAUGGACAGACGGAGAGAAACAGCAGCUUUUAAGCACUGGGAGGGUACAAGGCUACGAUGGAUAUUUUGUUUUAUCUGUGGAGCAGUAUCUCGAACUUUCUGACAGUGCCAAUAAUAUUCACUUCAUGAGACAGAGUGAAAUAGGCAGAAGGUAACAAAGAAAAUCUCUGCCUUUGCGUCACCAAAGACUGCCUGUUUUUAAACGUAAAAUGGUUUAUUGUAUUGGUUUUUCUAGAUCAGAACUCUGUAUAUAUAAAUAUAGAGGAAAAAAACAUAUCCAACUGCCUUUAAAUGUGACAGAAGAUGGUAUUUUAAUAUUGUUUGUUUAACUCUUUGAGAGAUGACAGUGACAAUUUUUAGUUCUUGUGUGGCAGUAUUCAAAAAUUUCAGAAGCAGAGUCCUGCGAGCCGAGCGCCGCGACCUGCGCGCGAGGUGCCCGGGGUGACACCGCACAGCCCUGCGGGGUAGGGGCGAGCGCCACAUGCUCUGCCUUCUUCUAAAGAAACACAACUUUUUUGUUGUUGGUUUAAUAAUUCACCAGUUAUUUAAAAGGUUACAGAGCCUGAUUCUGCAACCCGUAUUUACUGGGUGGUUUUUAUCCCAGUGAGAUCUCCCGUAAGUUCCAGGGAUUGCACACAGAAACCAGACUGUGUAUGGAAACUUCGUAGUUGCUCACCAACCCCGCACAUGUCAUUCCUCACAGCUAGGAGCUAAGGGAUUUUCUAACCUGGGAAAUCUGACUUGUGUUGGAUUCAGUACAUACAAGGCUGUCCCCUGUGGCCUUUGCUCUGUUGUAGCCGCCCCUCAGUCACCCCAUGUUGAACACCACAUUAUGUCUACUCGUGCGUGUGGGGUCUCUCUCCCAGGGUUUCCCUUGGCACUGGAAUAUAUUGCAGUCUGGGAGCACACGUAGAGCUGCCAGUCUGCCUGGUGGAGGGAUCUGGGUGGCACAGCAUUACCGGGCUUCAGCCAAGCUGUAAUCUUUAGGAGGCUCUCUGCUGGUAUCAGUGUGCUCCAGGCUGGGCUUUAACCCCAUGCUUUGGGGACAACCCAGCUGGGAGACCACAGGGAGCAGUAACAAGCCGUGCAGGAUCAGUCCUGCCUGUAGUCACUGGGCCAGGACUCGUCUUUACACAGAUGAUUUGGAAGUUGCAGUGUUGUUGGGUUAAGGCAUCGUGUUCUUUUCAUCUCAAAUUAAUAAUCCUGUUGUAGUACUCAUUUUUCCAAGUCUGAAGAAGAUUGGUGGGUUGGGAGUUGAUGAACCUAAGUGUGGAUAGUAAAUGUGUUGAUAUGUUGGAGAUGACUCUUCACUUUUCAGCUCAAUAUCUAGAGCACAUAGAAAAGUAUUAUAUUGCAUGGACAGAAAUUUUUAUUUCCCAAGGUAUCAUGCGCUGCUGGCACAGUUACUUCAUAGCAGAGUAGGUGAUCCUUCCUCCAGCUUGUCAUUGUUACAAAACCUGAUUAUCAGGAGGUGAGGCGGGCACAUGGGGAGGGGGGGAUGGGCAAGCAGUUUUCCUUUACUGACUUUCAGAGGGAGCUAGAAGUCUUGUUAUAGAGCCUGUGUAUCCGUAACAGUGAUGUUAUUGCACAUUUCUUUCAAAACGGACAUAGUAAUAUAUUGAAACAAUUUCUGUUCAUAUUUACUGAAGCCAACAAAGUGCAUUCUUUGUCUUUCUUCCUUUUUUCCAGUUUUCUCUUUUCCCUUGUUUUUGGGCAAGUGGAGCAGACUGUACCCAAGUUAGAGAUGAGCCUGAACUGGCAUCUGAGACCUGAGCCCCUCACUGGAGUUUGAGCUCAGCUCUCAGCCUCAUCCCAUUGUCUUCUCUUCCCAGACUCCCUCUGCUCCCCUGGGAGCCAUUACAGCUUUAGGGGUGCGGGAUCAGGCUGAGUGGGAGCCUGGCCCCUGAAACCCUCCUUUAUCCCCAGCCAGGGGGAACUGUGGACCAAAAUCUGCACGUACACAUUGUGAUCAGGCUCAUCAUUAACUAACGUACAGGACAGGGAGCUGACAACAUCCAGGUUUCACAGCUCAGAUUUCUGUAAUUUUCCAUACAAUCACGGAGAAUUUGAAUACCUCCACACCAGCCUAAAAAUGGACCUUCAAAUCCUUGAGCCUCUAAUAUGCUUUUAAUCAAUGGAAGAAUAAUUUAUUAAUUGUAUAUAGAGAGUGCAUUCAUAAAUGUGAUGAUGUAUUUUAUCACUGAUCCAAGAUGUCAAUAUUAGAGUCUAUUUUACUUAUAUUUUAAGCAAUUAUACUUUUUUGCAAUUCACUAAUGAGGAUCAUUUUCAAACUGCUUUAAAUAUCCAUUAUAAACAAAUAUUUGAAGCUAUUAGAGUUACCUUGAACUGUGCAUUUCUAGUAUGUAAUACUUAUUUAGUUAGCUUGUGCCUUUAGUUUCUUAAAGUUAUAUUUGUAUUAUAUGCAGGAAAUGCACUUUGUAUUACCUACAGCUGUGGUUUUUAAUACUGCCUUGAUUACUGUUGUUCUCAUGUUAUGCCAAAAGGUCUAAGAGUGAAAUGUCUUACGAGUUUGUCUUUGGAAGUAGAUUUGGCAUUUUCCCAUUUCCUGGGUGCAGUCUAAGGUACAUUUUGAACAAUAUCUCUUAUGAGAAUAUGGAUCCAUAAAGACUCACAUGAUAUUACAUGGCCCAGUUACAAGAGCAAAAAAAAUGCCUUCAUCGUAACAGUUUCGUAAAUUUAGGAAACUGAAUAUAAAUGUUGUGUUGAGAUUACAGCGCUAAAGAAAUGUGUUAUUACUGCAAGCACAUGGGAGACUGAAGUCGUAGAUAUACAUGGGCCAGCCAGCAGUGAUUCGUGAGAACUACAUGAACAAAUAGCUUUGGACCAUCUUGUUCAUGAACAACCUCAGAUGGAGGCAGGGAAUAUUUCAGUCUCCAUUUUUUUUUUCCUAGUAGUUAGACCAAUUUCUCAGUGGUUGGUUGUUUGGUUGGUUUUUUUUUUUUUAAUAUAUCUCAUUUUCUUUUUUUCUUUUUUCUUUUUUUUGAUUUUGCACUAUAGCCUAGAGACCCAAUUUAGGAAAAAAAGAAAAAUAAUAGCAUGGAAAUUUUUACUGUUAUUUAGAUCAGAUGAUAAUUUGAUGCUAGCGUUCUGCACUGCAAACAAGGUUCUGAAAGUGGAAAAAAGAAAAUAAUUAAAAUAAAAUAAAAACCACUAUUGCACACUAUUCUGUAGCAAAGUACUUACCAUGAGAAAUUCGUGCUAUAUUUUUUAUGACAACCAAAUGAAUAGUGUGUACAAUAACAUUUCCUUUGCUUUCAUAUUUAUUUAGCAAAUCUAGAACAUUUCAAAGUUAUAAAUAUAUAUAUAUAGAUAUCUAUGUAGAACAUAGCCAAAUAAAUAUAUAUGAACUGGUCAGUUUGCAACUGGGUGUACACACCUUAGCUCUUUGGUUUGAGCUCUUUUGCAUUCCUCAGCUGUGCACUGGCUGGCCAGGGGUGGCCUCGCACUCUGACCAUGAUCUGGGCUCAUAGGGCAGCAGCUUCUCCAGGGUGAGCAAUGGCAGUGGGUGCUGUUGGAAGCCAAGGUGCUGCUCCAAAGAGGUAGGUGGUUUAGGCAGAGGAGCUCCUCUGGUUUAGCUGAGCCAAAGGAGAUGGGCAGAUCCCCAGCAGGGUGUUCGUGUGCUCGGGGCGCUCGCCGUAGUGCGGCUGAUCUGGCGCGGUGACACCCAGCUCAGGCUGCGCCAACAGCCCUGAGGGUUUUCCUGUCAAAUGCUGACUGUUAUUUAAACCUCUCCUUGAUACAAAACAUUACCGGGUCGAAAGCACCCUGGCUGCCAGAGGAAUCGCUUCCAGGCAGAAACUGGGAAUGGUGGAGUCGGACUCGCUGUCGAUUUGUCUGGGCAUUUGUCACCUGCCAUUAUUUGUCUAAGGAAACGUGUUUGACAAUUUCCAGUUUUUCCUUAGAUCUCGUGGUGGACUUUAGCCUUUUAAUAAAUGUUAGUAUAUCA